AUGGAAGAAACCGAACCUACCUUCACCUCUGCAAUCAUGAACGAGGUGAUGCCGCAGAGGCAACUCAAACCCAAUUUAGUUGGUUCCUUCGCAGAGCUUAGCAGAUUAUUCCUUACCCAGUUUAUAAGUGGUAAGAAGAGUUGGAAGCCUACUACUCAUUUGUUCACCAUCAAGCAGGGGCCUAAAGAGUCGUUGAAGGACUUCAUCGCUUGCUUCAACGAGGAGGCAUUGCAAGUGGAGGACUACGAUGAUAAAAUGGCGCUCUCUGCCAUGUUCAGCAGUUUGAAAGAGGGGAAGUUUACUUUCUCCAUUGGGAAGAAUCCGCCGAAGACGUUGGCCGAGCUCGUCACCAGAGCUCAAAAAUACAUUAACGCCGAGGAAUUCUUUAACUCUCGCAAAAAUGUUCAAGUGACAGAGCUGCCGACCAAAGGGAAGAGGCUGAGGAACGAAGAACCUCAGCCAUGCAAUAAGAAAUCGGACGACCAUGUCCCUCGUGAUCGUCGCCCGAGCAGAAAGCCUGAGGGUAAGUUCCGUUCCUACGCUCCGCUCAACACAUCUACAGAACAAAUACUGCUGGACAUCAGAGGCCAGAAGCUCCUGAAUUGGCCCGUUUGCAUGAAGGCCGACCCAGAUCAUCGAGACAAGCGCAAGUAUUGUCGUUUCCAUCGUGAUCACAGCCAUAACACAAGUGAUUACGUGGAUCUCAAGGAUGAGAUCGAGACCCUCAUCCGUAAGGGUCGUUUGCGCCGAUACACGAAGGAGGAGAGAACAACUCGCGGAGAAGAGCAGCCGAGCAAGGCUGUAGAAGAACCGGUUGAAAUCCAUACCAUCUUUAUUGGUUCAUCCGGUGCAGGAGACUCGAAUAGGGCCCGUAAAGCCCAUUCUCGGAAGCCUGACCCGGAGCACUACAUCUACAUGACCGAGAGACCGAGGAAAGAGCUCUGA